CGAUUAGGCAGUAUCAACAUGGCAGCUUUCUGAGUUUUGGAGGAGGGUAUCUAGUGUAAAUAAACACAAAUUUCACGUUUUACAGCCAACGACAGCGUUCGCGUGUUCGUGUUUAGGACUGGUCGGGCCACGGAGGGAAAAUGUCGAAUGACGGGAAUAAAAAACAGUUCUGGAAAAGAAACGCAGCGAAGGUUCCUGGCAGCAUUCAGCAUGUGUAUGGCGCACAGCAUCCACCUUUCGACCCGCUCCUCCAUGCCAACCUGAUUAAAGCAGGGAACAAACCUCCUCCGGCCACACCAGGCAAACCCAAGAAGGCUACCACUUUCCAGGAGUUUGAGAGCAUCACAAGUGAUGCCUGGGAUGUUGGAGAUGAUGACGACGAGCUGCUGGCCAUGGCUGCACAGAACCUAAAUAUUGAGGUUGUCAUGGAGACAGCCAAUAAGGUCAUCGAGAAUCACAGCAAGCAGCAGGAGAGACAGAGGCAGGAUGACACGACAGAGCUGGAGCAGAGGGAAGAGGACACACAGGAGGAGGUGGCAGAGGACGAGGAGGAGGACGAGGAGGAUGAGGAGGACAGGGUGGGGGAAGGAGACGUGACCAGCCCAGAGGUCUCGUUUGCCUCCCAGAGCAGCCCUUACACUGAUGGCCGCCUUGUAAAGUCCCAAAGCGAAGCUCCAAUUGGGUCACCCAAAGAUGCAGCAGGUGAGCAUGCAGCCCUCCACAGACAGCGAUCUCUACCCCACCGGCCGCCCGUCAUCCCGUUAGUGGCUCGCAUGGCUGACCAGAACACAUCUGGCACCCCGGCCAUGACCGAGAGGGAAGCGUCCCGUCUGGAUAAGUUCAAACAGUUGUUGGCGGGGCCCAACACAGAUCUGGAGGAGCUACGGAAACUCAGCUGGUCUGGAAUCCCGAGACAGGUCCGACCGAUAACGUGGAAGCUCCUUUCAGGUUACCUACCAGCUAAUGCAGAGAGGAGAGAAAGCGUCCUACAGAGAAAGAGACAAGAAUAUUUCGGCUUCAUCCAGCAAUACUAUGACUCCCGCAACGACGAACACCAUCAGGACACAUACAGACAGAUUCACAUUGACAUACCGAGAACUAAUCCUCUUAUUCCUCUCUUUCAACAAGCUUCUGUCCAAGAGAUUUUUGAGCGGAUCCUUUUUAUCUGGGCCAUCCGCCAUCCAGCCAGCGGCUACGUGCAAGGCAUCAAUGACCUGGUCACGCCAUUCUUUGUCGUCUACGUCUUUGAGUACAUUGAGGAGGAAGUGGAAAACUUUGACGUGUCCAGUCUCCAGGAAGAGGCUCUGAGGAACAUUGAGGCUGACAGCUUCUGGUGCAUGAGCAAACUACUGGACGGCAUCCAGGACAACUAUACAUUUGCCCAGCCAGGCAUCCAGAGGAAAGUCAAGGCCCUGGAGGAGCUGGUCAGCAGGAUUGAUGAGUCUGUGCACCGCCACAUGCAGCAGUACGAGGUGGAGUACCUGCAGUUUGCCUUCCGCUGGAUGAACAACCUCCUGAUGAGGGAGCUGCCACUACGCUGCACGAUCAGACUGUGGGACACCUACCAGGCCGAACCAGAGGGAUUCUCGCAUUUCCACCUCUACGUGUGUGCCGCCUUCCUGGUGAGGUGGAGGAAAGAAAUUCUAGAGGAGAGGGAUUUUCAGGGCCUGAUGAUCCUCCUGCAGAACCUCCCCACAAUGCACUGGGGCAACGAGGAAGUGAGCGUACUUCUGGCAGAAGCCUACAGGUUGAAGUUUGCCUUUGCUGACGCGCCCAACCACUACAAGAGAUGAUAAGCGUGGCUCUCCGCAGCUGCCCCCUUCUCCUCCUCCUGUCCUUCCUCCCCCUCUUACUCCUCUUUUCCCUGCCCUGCAGUCGUCUACUGAACUCCGAGGCCUCUAUUCCCAAAGGGAUGGACCUCCCUUUUCUUAACCUCCCUUUCCCCCAUGUUGCCCAGUGGGCCUUUCAGCUACUAAGAGAUUCGAAUCAACCAAUGACUGAGAGGACGUGCGGUGUAGCAUUUUAACAUGUUGAUGUGGAGCCUUUUUUUUUAAAUUAUUUUUGUCUGAUCAGCUCUGAAAUGUGCACUCCUUCAGUCCAGCGCAGAACCCUUCUUCAUCACUGAAGACCUCAACUUUCUGUCCGAGUUUGGUCGACUUCAGGCCAGAGAUGCAGGACCGUGAGCACAGCACCACCGGGAGUUUAGUCCAGCUCUGAAAAAUGUUCUUUUCUGCUAAAAAAAAACCCCCAACAAACUUUUUUCUGUUUCCCAAGGCCAAAAUGUGACCUUUUUUUAAGUUUGCAAAGACAAAGAAAGAUGGCAAAAGGGCACUGCGCUAUAUGGUUUACAUAUCUGAGUCCACUCUCCUGGUCACAACACAACCCGAAGGAACAUGACCUCUCCUGGUUUGCGUUUUUUUUUUUUUUUUUUUUUUUUUUUUUUUUCUUCUUCUUUCUUUUUUUUUUUGCUCCUCCUGCUGCUCGCCAGGAGGGACACAGUUUGUUUUCCUUCAAGACAAACUAACACACUUUACAACGAGAGAGAGAUUGUCAAUCCGAGGGUGGGAAACAUGUCCUUCUACACACCACACACACACCAACUCAAUCCCCCCCCCCCCUUUUUUUUUAUCCCGCCCUCCCACCCACACUGCAACAUCACAGUGUUUGAGUGUAAGACAGAGAGUGGUGAGAGGCCGUGCAGUCACACCACAGAUCGACAUCACAGAAGCUCAUAAGCCAUUUGGAGGAAGAAAGCUACUUAUUCCUUCUCAAGCAGCUUAUAUAUGAAGGCCCGUGUCUUAUCUAUUAAGUGUCCCUCCUCUCUGAACCUAGGACUACCUCAGAACACACAAGUAGGGACAACUAGAAACCCACGUACAUGCAUUUAAGCAUGUGUCGCUAAAUUAAGAAACACGUUCGCAUCAGUAUGGAGUCAAAAUAAACUAUUUGAAGUUCAAUUCAGAAAUUCACUCACCCUCAUGGGAGCUAAAUCUGGUUUUCACAGGGAAACAAAGUGCUUCUUCACAGGGUUGUUUUUGAAGUAAAGAUCCAAAUGAACAAUUUUGCCUUAAUUAAGAUACAUACUGUCUUUGUUUACUCUCCCCUCCUCUCCUUCUGGGGUUUUUUUUUUGGGGCCGUAUUUUCACGGGCGUACAAAAAAUACGACUCGCAGCGAUCCAGUAUGUUGUCUGUCAGUUUGGUUUAGCUUGAAAGAGUCUUUGAUAUUUUUGCUGAGAAUAGGCUUCGGGAGUCACUCGCUUGAUCGUUCGGCAAGCGCCAAUGAAAAGUGUGAAAUAAAUGUGCAACACUUACUGAUUUAGUCCAAAUAGAGCCGAACACUCUGAUUACGCACUCUCUGAAAACUGUAGUUCCACCUUAAAAAAUACAACUUUGAUUCAAGUUAGGCCGUCUGUGCUGAGCCCAACAGUAUUGGAUGAUCCUUACUGAUCUGUCUUUCUUGACGCUUUCUUGCCUACGAACAUAUGAAAGCAGCAGGUGCACAGGUUUUUCUGCAGCCUCCAAAUUUAAAGAAGUCUUGCACCUUUUAAAGACAAUUACACGUUUGAUCCAUAUUGGUUCUUCUAAUUAAAUCAUGUGUAAUCAGUAACAAUCAGGCCCCCAGGAAUGCUGCUCAGCCUUGUUUCUAAUUUUAGACACUCAAGGUAUUGCAGCGAAAAUAUCCCCUGCUGCCCAAAAAGCAGUUUGUCCAAAGAGAAAUCUGUAAACUGUUGACAGGACACCUCGAACUACUAAAAGGUCGGAUAUUACUCUUUCUAUGAUGAACUUUUGAUCCCUGGAGGUUUGAUAUUUGUGAAACGUUUCUCGAGUUGAAAAGGGCGAUUUAAAAAUCUGUGACGUCAUCACGAUGUAAGGUCUAUGAGAUGAGCGGGAACUUGUGGCUGGCCUGCGUUCCCCUCAAGUUAACCCUCCAAGCUGAAACUGGACUGAAUAAGCGCCAUUUUGGGGUCCAGUUUCCAGAUCUAAUAACACACCCGUGGCACCAGUGCUGUUUGAAUAUCCUCCAUGUUGUCAUAAAAAAGUCAGGGUGAUCAUGGUAAUCAGGGUGUAGAUGAGUGUGCCAUCGCCUUUUUUCUUUUCCUCCAAAAUGCAUUUUUAAUCCACGAGGGUCUGACCCUCUGCUGUAAAUACAAACACAGUGACGCAGAGCAGAAUCAUGGCAUUAAAUGUUGCGGUUAAGUUUGAUUUUGGUCGGACAGGAAGUGCUUUGUUAACAUGGUGGAGAAGCUGGUCUGAACUCCUCUUCAAUGUGACAGAAACGUCGUCUGCGUAACUGAUAACAGUUAUUAAACGUACCCUUUAAUGUAAAGUACUUUUGCGUAUAGCGAGCUGCACAUACAUGAACAAACAGCAGGUGAGUUAUUAGGUGAAUAGAACCUUGUUAUUCUCGUGCACAUAACUGUCAUAACAGUACCGUCGUCUUUCUCCUGUCUUUGUUGUUCAUGAAGAUCACAUGGGACGUCUUACCCAAAGUCAGCAGCACCAUAUUGGUGUAAUGUUGGGAGGAGAGGGUGGGUGGUUGUGGUGGUGGUGGGGGUGAGGGGGGAUGGGGGAUGGGGUAAUCAGACAUUCAUGACAUAACACGAAGCUGUUAAAGUCUGGAGCCUCCUGUCGCGACUCCGCCAGGAUCCAUUAUUGUCACCCCAGCCCGCAAAGAUGGUGUGCGUAGGUGUGUGAAGGGGAGAUGGAAGGAGAGAGGGACGGGGUUGUGUUUCUUUUGGAAGUUUCAGCGCUUUCUCUGUGAGAGCUGUCAGUCUUUGAUCACACUUGGGAUUUCUUUUUUACACAAUCUGCACCAGUUUUCAAGAGCUCCCCUCAUCUCCCAUGCUCUCUGACAAGGAAAAACUGCACUUAAUUUGAAAGUCUAUAGCCUUUUUUUUUUCCUCCUCUCUCUCUCUCUCUCUCUCUCUCUCUCUCUCUCUCUCUCUCUCUCUCUCUCUCCCCCUCUCUCUCUUUUUGUAUGAGAUUUAUUCUUUCAAUCAGCAUUUUAAAGAUUUGUCUUUUUCAUUUUGGGGUUUUAUUUUUUUAUGCUGUUUACAUGAGAAGCCUAUUAAGUUGUGCCUGACUCUGGAGACAUGAGACAACAUCUUCGUUAUGUUUUUGACCUCAAAUGAACUUGAAAGGUUUUUAGAUUCCUGCAAGCAAUAGUAAGAUAUUUUGCAUUUGCUGUGAAAAGACAGAAAAAAAAUCAUUUUCUUUGUGCACAUCUUGUUUUGGGUGUUUUAGCAACCACAAUGAACUGUUUAAUAAUACUGUGGGCAUUUUAAUAGUUCAAACCUGGUAAUUAAAGGUCCAGUGUGUCGAAUUUAGGGGGAUGUGUCAGCAGAAAUGAAAUAUAACAUAAUAAUUAUAUAUUAUUUAGUGUUUAAUUGUUUUGUUUGCGUUACCUUGGAAUGAGCCGUUUAUAUCUACAUAGAGAUCGGGUUCUCGUCGGCAAAGAUCAACAUGUUGCACCGUCAUGCUUCUACAGUAGCCCAGAAUGGACAAACCAAACACUGGCUUUAGAUGCUGGACACAUUUUCCACACAAAUACAACAUGCUAAUGUUAUUAGCACAAGCCUAUGGAAUUUUACCUUGUAGAAAUUAGCUUAGUGGCUAGCAGACUUUUCCUCUACUCAUAUGAAGCCAGGGACGACAGCAACAUUUAACAAAGGUAACAUUUUAAAAUUUGGCUCCAUUACAGCUCACAAGGUUCACCAACAAAACAACUAUCUUAUACUAAACACGUUUUCCAAACAAAUAUAACAUGCUAACAUUACUAGCACAAGCCUGUGGCAUUUUACAUUGUAUAGAUUAGCCAAGACAUUUCCUCUACUCGUAUGAAGCCAGGAUAAAUCACACACAAGACUUAAAAUGUUAUUGUGUGGAGGCUUUAUUGUCUUCACAAUUUAUUGUUUCUUACCUGUGAUAUUAAAGUAAAUAAAAGCUUCGUUUCCACUGAGGGAAAUGGUUUCAGCUUACAAAAAUAGGAAGUCUGCAUCACUGCAACGUGUAGUUCAAUUAGGGUACAGCAUUGAUUUGAAGCAGAAGUAUAAAUCCAGCGGAAGAGACCUCUGCAGAUGAUUCGGCUCCUGGUUAUAAUUCCCUGGGGAAAAAACUUCCUCAACAAUAAACAUUGAAGGAAUUCUAACAGGGAGUUCAUUUUUAUCACAUGGGAGAAGUUUAAACCUAGAUGCCUCCAAAUCCCUCUAAAUCUGACACACAGUUCCUUUAAUGGUUGCUAAACCCCUCCACUGAACAGCGAUUGUAACAAGGAGCAGCAGGCCUGUCACAAGUUGAAGCAGUGUCCACUACCAAUACCAAAAACACAAUAGGCAAAGUGUAAGUAACUCCAGCCUGGAGUUGCUUUCACAUCGUCAGCUAACUACAUUAGUUUGUGCGGUAACAGGCGAUGGAUACACAAAUUUGGGAUGCCUGAGUUGGAGGCCGACAGCUGCUGUACUCUGUGAAUGUGUGUCUGUGAGCCAUGAGCAAACAGGGAAGGAUUGACCCCCUCCUCUUCCUCUCAGAUCAUUAGAAGAGUUUCUCUAUUUUUGCUGUACUGUAAUAUGCAGUAAUUCCCCCUUAAAAAGAAGUAGCUGCCUACUUUGUGGAAAGAGAUGGUUUAAUAAACAAACACACAUUCACAUGCUACCAAUCUCAAAUUAGCCUGCCUGUAACCCACUGUCUCUCCGCACACACACACACACACACGUCUCCAUGGUGAUGAAGGCCUAUGUCUAUCUGGCUGGAGCCCGAUUUUUCUAUUAGCCCACACACACACACACACACGCACACACAUAUACACACAUACAUAGAGACGAGCUUCAGACAUUCUUUGGAGCAUCUUCAGCAGGGUGUCCUUAAGUAACAUUUUCAGCUGCUUUCAUUUCUUUUAGUUUUUUUUUCUCCUUUUCGCUCUACUUCUCCAGACAUGAAAAUAUAUUGAUGAAACCAAACUGAUUUAAAAAAGAAAAUGACAAAAACUCCUUCCCCCCGUGUCUUUUGCCUCUUGAGUACUCAGAAGAAUCUAAUAAUACUAGAGCGUGUGGGUGACAGGAGUCUUGAAUUUAAAAAUGUGUACAGAGAAGAUUUUGAAACAAAAAUCUGUAAAUAGAAAGUGUAAAUAAAUCCUAUAUAUGACAACA